GGUUUAGUUACGUAGAGCGUAUAGGACCUAGAGCUAUUUACUGAAUUCAAGAUGCAGCUGGUGGCACUGUUUGCAUUUGGUUUGUUCUUAAUUGGUUAUGAAGAAGUUUCAGCGGCGGUGAAUGUAAAUUCAAUGGCUUCUGCAAUUAAUAACAAACUAUCCAGUCUCCUGGCUCCCAGGUUCAAGUCAUUGUCUGCGUUCAGUAAAUCCGCUCGGAUGGUUAAGCCCAAGAUUGACUUUGUGAUGUUGUUAGACAGCAGUGGAAGCGUAAAGGAGAGGUACUUUGAAUACGAGAAACAAGCAGCGCAGAUACUUGUUGACUACAUCCAUAACAAAGCACCUAUUGGAUAUCGUAAAUCACGAGUGGCCCUGAUAGAGUACUCCGUGUCAGCUCACUUUGAAUUUAGAUUACAUACGUAUAGCACUCCCUCAGCGAUCAAUAGAAGGAUUCGACAAGUGAAAUUCGACAAUGGUGGACGCACGGCAACUGGACCUGCCCUGUCUAAAGCUAAGACAGAAUUACAAGUUAACGGCCGCUCUGGCAACGUGAAAUUGGUAUGGCUAAUUACUGAUGGCUAUUCCAAUUCUGGCGGGAACCCCAAGAUACCGGCUGAUCAACUUCGAGCGAUGGGUGCCACCGUGUGUGUGAUGGGCGUAGGUUCGUCCGUUAAAUGGUCCGAGGUGAAACAAAUUGCAAAUCGCGACUGCAUAUUUAGAGCGGAUUCGUUUGCCGAGACUCGCACCAUUAUGAGAAAGGCGUACAGCUUGAGUCUGGGUACCAGAACACCGAGACUGCCCGACAAUUUCUUCAGCGGACUUGUUAUUUAGGUCUGAUCACGAUUUGAAUGAUACUGAUAUAUCUUUUCUUUGACACAUGUAUUCUAUAAAUAUAAGCCGCUUACCUGUUUUAAUGUAGAAGCAGUAAUUGGUUAUGACAUAGCUUAAAGGACUUUCAGUUCCAUGAUCAACUAAUUAGACUGACACUGACUCCCGGGCAACAUUCGAUUUUACGCAGAAAUAGUUACCUGUUCCACAUGAUGUCCAUGGCACUGUCACUUGCAAACUAUUCUUGCCUAUUUUAAACGGAGACUAAACGAACGGGACCCGUAACCUGAAUCCGUUUGCCAACAAAUGUUUCUUGUGAUAAAAAUGGUAGCCCUCUAGGAACCGUAGCCCGUUCCCCCUUACAUUGCACGGGUGACAUUCGUCCCAUUUACUAACACAAAUACUCUGAGUAACCCUAACCCUAAACAUAUAGGCCCCCGCACUUCCAUUCCUUGGACUACCAUUCCUGUCACACCGCCACAUAUAACUAGUUGCUUUCAAGCUAAGGCCCAUUAAAUUAAACUUAGAUGAUCUUUCCUAGUUCCGAUGCAGAAAUUAAAAAAUUCUCAGCUCUCGGAUGACCACAUUGCCAUCUUGCUGUAAGCCGAAAGAUUGUUGGUUAUCUGUGCCCUUUUAUCAAUUCAUCACUUUUUGUUGCAUAGUAAUUGCUGCCAUAGGAUCUCCCCAAUGGCCUUGCUAUAUUUAUGAAUAACGCUUUCCAAAUCUGACAGUGUCUUUGUAUUGUUCAAAUCGUACGAAAUUAAAUCAUGUGAAUGAAAAUUGUC